AUGACAAAUACUGCAGCGAACGGUGUACAGGUAGUCCAACAUGAACUACUUCCACUUCAUAAAGACUUCAAUGGUGAUACGGCUGUUAAAAAAGAAGAGAAGGUUGAAGACAUACGUGUCAGCAAUGAGGCUUUGAACACGUCGACACCAUUUCUGCAAGACCUCAAACACAACACAGACACAAGGUUUAAGGUCAUCUUGAGUAUAUGUGUAUCCAUGGCAUUCAACAUAUUGGGAUGGACAAAAGGACAACUUGGGCCAGCAUUUGUUGAUCUUUUAGUUAUUUCCGGGUGUGACGUUGAAAAGGGAUCGUUUUUCAUGACAUCGUAUUUUACUGGUCGCGUGAUUGGACCAAUCCUUGCAGGAUUUUUAUCAACAAAAAUAAACAGAUAUAUGUUAUUGGUUUUUUCUUUAUUGGCAAAUACUACAACUGUUGUGGCCAUUCCUUGGUGUUUCGAUUUCUACGUAAUGAUGGCUGCGCAUGUUCUUCAUGGGAUGUCCGGCGGCGUGCUUUUAGUGGUGGUAACGAAAGAGGCUGUUUCCAUUUGGGGACCGACAACUAGAGGACGCUCUUAUCUUCAAGUAAUCAAUGCGAUUUUCUCUAUUUCUGCAUUUCUUGCUCCAGUGGCCACUGCGCCAUUUCUUAUUCAACAAAAAGAGGAAAGCAGUCUCGUUCAGACACGUCACAUUAACAUUUCUUCUGAAUAUUAUGCCGUCAGUCCUACAACGUCAUACCUCAUUUAUGAAAAUUCUACUGGACACCAAAUGAAUGUUACACUUCCACAACCAAAAUCAAGACUUUACAUUGCAUAUUCGAUCUCAGGAGGACUAGCUAUUUUAGCCGCUUUUCCAUUCAUGGUGAUGUACAGAACAUCUUCAGGAGUUACAGAAAAGCCACUGAAUGACAAACAAUUGAACUUUGUUGGGAAUCUCCCAAACAGGCGUCGUCUGGCCAACAUUCAUUAG